UGACAUGCUAAUGACUUGCUAAUGACUUGAUUAGCUAUGUUACCAUAGGGGUCAACUUAUGAACAAUUGGGGAAUAAUUAAGGGCGCAGAGGGUAAACUUGUCUCACAAAUACGACAAUUAUCGUUUAUCUGGCAACAUUGAGAGCCUGUUAGCAGUUCUAUUUAAAGAACGCGCGGUUCGCUAGUCGUUAUUUACGUCCUAGCUUAGCAGUCGUUAGGAUUUGCGUUGAUUGGCUGUAUUUAGGCACCUGACACGAUACCUGAGAACAAUUGCGCUACGUAUGAGAAAUAUGUAUAUUAUGUUUAAUUGCCGUGGCGAUGUAAUGAAAAUAUCAUUUUCACUUGUGUUUUUUUAAUUGUUGGUCGUACGAGGGUAACAUUAUAUAUUGAUAUGUUGGAAAAGAGAGUGAGAGGUAGACAAACUAUUUUUUUUAGUCACGGCAUGCACACUAAAAUAGAUUAAAAAACGCUGUUCUAGGUAAAAACCCCGGUGUCCGUGUUUCAUGACGCCAGUCCAGCAGCUCUUUGUUUCAUACACGGCACAAAACCUGUUGUGUUAUUGUAUAAGACCGGCCAAUAGGCCUGCGCAUAGCCUGCUCUUACCACUGGAUGGCAGCACUGUCUCACCAAUUAGCCUGUAGAAAAACACUAGCAAUAUUCCCAACUCUGUAUUGCAAGGAUGUUGACCGUCCCUUCCUGUUUUAGUGCCGACAGAGCCACCGUACCGACUCACACUGGAGCAGGAACACAGGCAACGCGGUUAUGUGUGGAUUUGUGCUGCGUUUGUCACAGACGCGGAGCUUGCUUUUCCAUUGCGGCGGCCACAGGUUCAUGUUUUAGGGAAUGCUCUGAUGUUAUUCCACGGCUAACUGGUAACACAGCAGGCCUGUUUAUUGCGCUGCCAGCCCUUGUUUCCUUUGCCGUGUCAAUGACUGUCCUCCCCUUCCUCUCAUGGAGACUAAAAUCAUAUACCAUAUAGACGAGGAGGAGACUCCUUAUCUGGUCAAACUGUCCGUCUCUCCAGAGAAAGUCACCUUAGCGGAUUUUAAAAAUGUCCUCAACAAUCGACCCGUCAACAGCUACAAAUUCUUCUUCAAAUCCAUGGACCAGGAUUUUGGGGUCGUCAAAGAAGAGAUUUCCGAUGACAAUGCUAAGCUGCCCUGUUUCAACGGGAGAGUAGUAUCCUGGUUGGUCUUGGCAGAGAGUGCCCAUUCUGAUGGAGGGUCUCAGUGCACGGAGAGCCAUCCAGAACUGCCCCCUCCUCUGGAGAGAACAGGAGGCAUCGGAGAUUCCCGCCCCCCCUCUUUUCAUGCCAAUGCAGUGAGCAGUCGAGACGGCCUGGACACAGAGACGGGGACAGAGUCUCUCCUCAGCCACCGUCGCGAGAGAGAGCGUGAGCGUGCACGAAGGAGAGCGCGGGAAACUGAGCUCCCCCGCAUCAACGGUCACUCUAAAUCAGAGCGAACUGCGAGGGAUUCGGCCAUGGGUUACGACAGCGCCUCGGUGAUGAGCAGCGAACUGGAGUCCAGCUCUUUUGUGGACAGUGAAGAAGAUGAAGAUGCGAGCAGGCUCAGCAGCUCCACAGAACAAAGCUCCUCUUCUCACCUGAUGCGGCGACACAAGCGCAGACGACGCCGGCACAAAGUGGCCAAGAUAGAUCGCUCGUCGUCCUUCAGCAGCAUCACCGACUCCACCAUGAGCCUCAACAUCAUCACCGUCACACUCAACAUGGAGAAGUACAACUUUUUGGGAAUCAGUAUUGUUGGUCAGAGCAACGACCGGGGAGACGGCGGCAUCUACAUCGGCUCCAUCAUGAAGGGAGGAGCAGUGGCUGCAGACGGCAGGAUAGAACCUGGAGACAUGCUGCUGCAGGUGAACGACGUAAACUUUGAGAACAUGAGCAACGACGAUGCCGUGAGGAUUCUCAGAGAGAUCGUUUCCAAAACUGGUCCCAUUAGUCUAACUGUUGCCAAAUGUUGGGACCCGUCUCCACGGAGCUACUUCACCAUCCCUCGUGCUGAACCGGUCAGACCCAUUGACCCCGCCGCCUGGAUCUCACACACCACUGCCCUCACGGGACCCUACCCACACUAUGGUAUUCACAGCCGUCUUCUGACUUUACCACAAAUAAAGCAGAAAAUUAGCACUAUGAAAUUCUACUCCAUGUUCUGUUUGAUUUUUUUUCUCUCAGAGUUUGAUGACUUGCCCCUGUCUGUGAGCAAAACAGACAUGGCGACCAUCGUGAAGGUGAUGCAGUUGCCUGAUUCUGGGCUGGAGAUCCGAGACAGAAUGUGGUUGAAGAUCACCAUCUCCAACGCCGUCAUUGGUGCUGACGUGGUAGACUGGCUCUACUCCAGAGUAGAGGGAUUCAAGGACCGCCGAGACGCCAGGAAGUAUGCUAGCAGUCUGCUGAAGCACGGCUACCUGAGACACACCGUCAACAAGAUCACCUUCUCUGAACAGUGCUACUACACCUUUGGAGACCUCUGCCAAAACAUGGCAUCACUUAAUUUAAAUGAAGGAUCCAGUGGUGGGGGCUCUGAGCAGGACACUCUGGCACCGCUUCCUCCCACUACCAACCCUUGGCCACUGGGCGGACAGCCGUUCCCCUACCCACCUUUCCCCUCUGCACCUCCAAGUUUCCCACCAGGAUACUCUGACCCGUGCCACAGUUUCCACAGUGGGAGUGCUGGGAGUCAGCAGAGUGAGGGAAGUCGCAGCAGUGGCUCCAACCCCAGCGCGGGCAAAGGCAGACGCUCUUUACCUCAAGAAAAAGGGCAACGUUCAACAUGCAGUGAAUCGGAGCCGUGCGUCCGUGGUGGGAGGCGCGGCGAUCGGUGCACAAGCCAAAUGAGUCAUCACAGCCACGCCAUCUCCAGUCACAGUCACGCCAGAUCAGGUCUCAGCCUGUCCCACAGGAGCCACUCUCAGAACAGCCAUCCCCCGUUCACCUACACCCAGGCCCCCUUCACCCAGCAGGGGCCGGGCUCCUGUGCCCAGAGUGAGCGAAGCCACGCCUCUUCCUACGGCCCCCCGGGCCUGCCUCCUCCUUAUUGUCUGGCCCGUCUGGCCCCCAAAACCCCUGUCAGCAGCAGCACUCCUCCCGGAGCUCCUCCUGGGAGAGAGUUAGCCGCCGUUCCUCCAGAACUCACCGCUAGUCGUCAGUCUUUUCAGCAUGCCAUGGGCAAUCCUUGCGAGUUCUUUGUCGACAUCAUGUGACAGGGCAGUGCCUUUAAAACUCAUCCAGACUAAAACCAUUCUGCACAAGCUCCAGCGCCCCCUAGCCUCCCAUCUUAACUCAAUUUCUUUGACUCUGACCCUCUGUAAAAUUCAGAACGUCAUCGCUGACCGGUCUUCAACCUGACCUCUCUGCUCUCUGUCGGUCCCUCAGAUGUCCGUACAAAGGACACGACAGGGGGCCGCCUCCCACAGAUACAGACACAGCUCUCUGUGCUGCUUUUGUAUUGAUGUGAAAUGUACAGUUUGUGAAACGUGAACGGUAUCAGUCAGUGUGGUGAUUCUUUGACGCUGCCAUGUGGACGUUUUCUCGGGAGUGUGAACUUGAUGUAGGAUCAUAUCUGUUCUGCAAGACCGGCCGGGCCUGGAUCUCAAUCCCCCAGUCCCAGACCAAUACUUUCAGCCCCGCACUUAAGAAUUAUUUCCUCUCUCGCCCUCGACCUUGGACUGGAUCUUAAGAUUCCAUGGCCAAACUGAACCUCUGUGACAGAGUUUCCAGCUUGUUAAAGCUCUUAUUUGCCAAGAUGAAUUUUGAAACAAUUCUCAAAGACCCUGAAGUCGUCUGACGAUGAGUCACCGAGGCUGAGCGUUGCAUGAUUGUCUCGCCUGCUUUAAAGAAAAUUGAUUUUAUAAACAUAAUCUGUUUUAAGUAUUAAUUGAUUGGUUUUUAAAAAAAAGCCUCUUGCAGUGGCUCUAAAGGAAGAAUCCAAACACUGGAUGAUUUGUUUUUAUACUAUUUAUGUGAUCAUGUGACAUUGGUGAUGUCAUACAUUGUCUACGACGGCUAACCGCCAGACAAUCAGAAAUCAUUCUUUGUGAGUACGUGGCCAUUUUUCGCUGUCCUAGCUGCGCUCUGUCGAACUCCUCCUACUUUUUCUGCGAGUUGUCGAACCCCGACUCUUGUCGCAGCUCGGUUCAGACGCUUCACACUAACACACAGGAUCGCCAACAGUGCAUAACACUACAGCAGGGUAGGCCUGAUGUAAACCAGUUUGAUGGUUGCCCCCAUGUGGGCGAAGACUCUGCUAAAUGUCGUUGUGAUAAAGGCCAAAGCUUCACAUUAAAUUCUACACAAUCUCUUCUUGAUGUAAAUCCCCUGGAGUUUUUACAUCAUCUCUUCGUCUUUGACAAAGUGAUGAAAACUUUAGGGGGGCGGGGGGACCCUGACCUGAUGAAACAUUGUCUUAUCUUUUUAAAGGAAAUGGCGCCACCCCUUGCUGUAUCUACCUAAACCAGAUUAACAAGAGGGAAAUAACAAACACACUGGUCUGUCUUUGGUUGUGUGGUCAAACAUGUUGAUGUAAUCAGUGUCUCCCACAUGUCCUGGAACACCUGCAAAAUGAAUGAGAUGUUCUGCGGCCUUGGGACAAAAUAUGAGAGAGAGAGAAAAAACAAAACAAAAACAAAAAUCCCCAAAUUUCAUGGAAAUGCUUAAGAAAUUCAAGAGAAUGAUUUCUCCCCUCUACUCUACAUGACACCACCAGCCUGUCGAAUGUGGUUUUCUUCAGUUUCCACUUUCAAUUUGAAUCUGUCUUUCAAUUCACCGACUUUUCGGACUUCCAUCUGGACCUUGCACCAACUCUGACAAACACAUUCCAAGUUUAACAAUGCUGCUUAAAAAAGAACAAAA